AUGUCAGAAUAUUGUUUUAUUUGUACUCAUCUUUUAACUGAAAGUGAAACUGUAACUGUUGAUCGUGGUAUGAAGACACUGAUUAAUGCAAGUGCUGAAAGAGAUGAUGGAUACUCGGAAUUUCUUAAAAAACAAAAAUCUGUGACAAUACAUAGCAACUGUCGUAAAAUUUAUACGCGGAAGUGUUCUAUUGCUGCUGCCAUCAAAAGAAAACGCGAAGAACAAGAAGCUAACACAUCUACAGGAUCUACAAGAAAAAAAUCCUUAGAUCGUCGCAGUAAAAUUUGUCAAGUAAGUACACUCCAAUUCAAACAUUCAAUUUUGGAAGUAGCACGAACUCGUUCCGAUGCUAUAUCGAAAGCUGUUGUUGCUCGAAUCGAAUUUGACUAUGAUUUAGUUGCUGCUGAAGCAAAGUAUCACCAAGAAUGUUAUACUUCUUUUUUGAAACCGACUACUGGCGGUACAGUUGGUCGUCCUAAAGAUGAAGCAACAGAUCUGGCAAUGCAGGAAAUAUUUACAUACAUUGAGAGUAGCAAUGACUGUCAGUUUACUUUGGCUGAGUUAAAAGAUGUUAGCAAAAUUUUAACUUUAGAUAACAGGACUAUUAAGCUGCGACUUAAACUGAAAUAUGGCGAUAAAAUUAUUAUCACUGAAAAACCGGGAGCGUUAACAUUUGUAUGUUUGAUAAACAGUCACCAUGAAAUUUUAAAUCAAUCUUGGUCCGAAAAUAAAAAAAUUAAUAAACAAGAAGAACGAUUAAAAACUCUAGAAGCAGCAGCAUCUAUUAUUCGAGAAGAUAUUCAAUCCUCGGUAUUUGAUAAUUCCUACUACCCUCCACCAGGUCGAAUGUUUGAAGAUUUAAAUAAUGACAUCCCACAGUCACUGACAUUUUUUUUGGAGCAAAUGAUCUUAAAAAAUAAACGAUCAAAUUUCGAUCAUUUAAAACUAGUAUGCACCAAUAUUUGUCAUAGUAUCAUGACUGCUAUUCGACCAAGAUCGUUCAAGUCCAAAUUACAGUUAGGUCUUUCAGUUUUUUUUCAUCGGAGGUUCGGGUCUAAGCGUCUUAUACAAAUUUUGUCGUCUUUUGGUUUGUGUGCUUCUUAUAAUGAUACAUUGAUGUACGAGUCAGCAGCAGUUUUUCAUCCUCUUCCUCAUGUCCUACCACCUGAAAGUGGCACACUUAUUCAAUACGUUGCAGAUAAUGCUGAUAUAAAUGUUAAUACGCUAGAUGGUAACAAUUCACUCCACAUAAUGGGUAUAAUUCAAAUUGUAACUCCAAAGCACUCUGUUUUACUAGAAGAACCUAUGCAACGAAUAAAAGAAGUUCUUUCAGCAAAACACUUCAAAGCAAAAGCUCAUGUGCCAAUACAGAUCUAUCAGAAUAGUGAUGUAGUUGGUUACAGUAAAAUAUAUGUCCAAGAUUUUGGAUAUGGAACUGAAACAGUAUCUUUUCAUAAAAAUUCUGAUGUAGUAUGGUUUUAUGGAAAGUGGAAAAAUACAUCAUUACCUGGUUGGAACGGUUUUAUUGAGCGCUUAACAAAUUACCAUACAAAUUAUUCAAAAUCUCAGAUUACAUUUUUACCAUUCAUCCAUCAACCAGCUAGUAACUAUAAUACUGUCUAUACGACUUUACUUUGUGCAUUAGAGAACGCGAAACGUUACGGCCACACUGUAUGCAUCGUGACUUUCGACCAACCCUUGUAUGCGAAAGCUCGAGAAAUUGUAUCAGCCGCACCUGACGGCUCUGAAGUAUCGAAGAUUAUUGUCAGACUUGGAGGAUUUCAUCUACUCAUGUCUUAUCUCGGAGCAAUUGGUUAUAUUAUGCAAGGUAGCGGGAUAAAAGAAGUACUCUCAGAAAUCUAUGCACCAAAGUCAUUAGAAAAAAUGCUCAAUGGUCAUGCUUACGCAAGAGCUGUUCGAGCACAUACACUACUCCAGCUGGCUUUAGCAAUUACAAUAUUAAAAACAAUAGAUAUUAAUGAUAUCAUGGGAGCAGAUUUAAUCAUAAAUAUUGACCAUAUAUUAGAUAGCACUCUUUCAUAUUCAGAUAUUGAAAAUGAUAAUGAAGUAUCAGGUGCUUUACUUCAUAAAUUUAAUAUGAAAUUGAAAGAUUUUGAGGAACGAGGACCAACAGCGCAACUUUGGAUACAAUAUUUUAAUAUGGUUUCACUUGCAAAAGAAUUUUUGAGAGCUGAGCGUAUGGGGGACUGGAAAGCUCAUUUAAGUUGUGUAAAAGAAAUGUUACCUUAUUUCCACUCGUCAGGACAUUUUCCAUAUGCUAAAUCUGCACACUUGUAUUUACAAGACAUGAUGCAAUUACAGGACUCGAUGGAUCCUGAAGUUUACGAAAAAUUUACCGAAGGAUUUUUCACCGUGAGACGCUCAGAUAAAUUGAGUUGUGGAACUUCUACAGACAUGGUUAUCGAACAGUCUAUGAUGAAAGCCAUGAAGACAGAUGGAGGUAUUGCUCGAGGAAGAAGUACAAAACAAAGUGUAAUCAGUAAAUGGGUUUACAGCAUGCAUGCAAUGAACACAGUUUGUGAGAAAUUAGAAGAUCUUGCUAAUGUUAGGAUGGAUACGACUGAACAGCAUGUUGAUGCCAGUGAUUCACGUGUAAAAAAGACGCUAAAGACAUACGAAUGCUUCUUGAGUGGUUCUCGAUUCAUGAUCCUUUCCCAGAGGUUAACAAAGUCAUCUCGAUUGCAAGUGGUGUCGUUGGUGAUAAUACAAUUAAUUGCUAUAAAGCACGUGAACUUGGGCUUAUCUCUAUUGCUAAAAUAA